AGCUCGGAGGUGUUUUGUUUGGGGGGAUUCACGGUUCUAUUAAAACCCGCCGCCAACAAGGAAGCUACUACAGCUGGAGCAGUACGCAUGAACGACUGCAGCGUGCUUUUUAAGCUAACGGUAUUUAAAGAAAAAAAAUAUAUAUAUAAACAUUUUUUUUGUCACCCAGUUUUUUUUAUCGUGAGGUGAGCGGGUCAAGAUGUCUUCGAUGGAUUUGGAGAAGCUGAAGAUGACUGGGGCUGGUCGGGCCAUGGCGGUGCUGACCAGCGGUGGAGAUGCACAAGGGAUGAACGCCGCCGUCCGAGCUGUGGCCAGGAUGGGGAUUUAYGUGGGGGCCAAGGUCUAUCUCAUCCAUGAGGGGUACCAGGGUUUGGUUGAUGGUGGAGACAACAUCACGUUAGCCCACUGGCAAAGUGUGAGCAACAUUAUUCAGCUGGGCGGGACGGUGAUCGGUAGCGCCCGCUGCAAGGCCUUCACGACCCGCGAGGGUAGGAUUUCCGCCGCCUUCAACCUGGUGAAGAAAGGCAUCACCAACCUGUGCGUGUGCGGCGGCGACGGCAGCCUCACCGGAGCCAACACCUUCCGCAGCGAGUGGAGCGGCCUGCUGGACGAGCUCGUGCAGAAAGGAAGGAUCACAGACACGCUGGCCAAGCAGCACAGCCACCUGAACAUCGUCGGGCUCGUGGGCUCCAUAGACAACGACUUCUGUGGCACCGACAUGACCAUCGGGGCCGACUCUGCUCUGCAUCGCAUCAUGGAGAUCAUUGAUGCCAUCAUGACCACGGCUCAGAGCCACCAGCGCACGUUUGUUCUUGAAGUCAUGGGCCGCCACUGUGGAUAUCUGGCCUUGGUGUCAGCGCUGGCAUCUGGAGCAGACUGGCUUUUCAUCCCAGAGUCUCCUCCGGUGGAGGGCUGGGAGGAUCACAUGUGCGCACGUCUUGAAAGGAGCCGCACGAAGGGGUCAAGACUGAACAUUAUAAUAGUUGCAGAGGGAGCCAUAGAUUCACAUGGCAAACCCAUCUCUUCAGAUUACAUAAAAGAUCUGGUGAUAAAAAGGAUGGGCUACGACACCAGAGUGACUGUGCUCGGCCACGUCCAGCGGGGAGGCCUUCCAUCUGCGUUUGACAGAAUACUGAGCAGUAAGCUGGGAGUGGAGGCUGUUGUUGCCCUGUUGGAGGCGACUCCGGAGACCCCGGCCUGUGUCAUYGGCCUGUCGGGGAACCAAGCAGUCCGCCUGCCUCUCAUGGAGUGUGUGGAUAUGACUAAGCUGGUGCAGAAGGCCAUGAGCGAGGGGCGGUUCGAUGAGGCCAUUAAACUGCGUGGAGGGAGCUUUGAGAACAACUGGAACAUCUACAAACUUCUUGCUUUCCCGAGGCUGGCCCAGACCGAGAGCAAUUUCUCCGUGGCUAUUCUGAAUGUGGGAGCUCCAGCAGGAGGGAUGAAUGCAGCCGUGAGGUCAGCCACCAGAGUACUGCUUGCUCACGGACAUAAGGUCUACGGGGUCCACGAUGGCUUYGAAGGGCUUGCCAAUGAUGCGAUAUUUGAGAUGAAAUGGCACAAUGUGGCUGGGUGGACGGGCCAGGGCGGCUCACUGCURGGGACAAAACGAACUCGUCCUGCGACAAACAUGGAGAAGAUCGUAGAAAACAUCAGCAAGUACAACAUCUCAGCUCUGCUCGUUAUCGGAGGAUUUGAGGGAUAUGAAGGAGUCCUGCAGCUGUAUGAAGCCCGCGGCCACUAUGAUGAGCUCUGCAUCCCCAUGUGUGUUGUCCCAGCCACCAUCAGCAACAACGUCCCGGGAACUGACUUCAGUCUGGGCGCAGACACUGCUGUCAAYGCGGCCAUGGAGGGAUGCGAUAAGAUCAAGCAGUCUGCCUCUGGCACCAAGAGACGAGUGUUUGUGGUGGAGACCAUGGGUGGCUACUGUGGUUAUCUGGCAACCUGCACUGGUAUAGCUGUGGGCGCUGAUGCUGCUUACAUCUUUGAAGAGCCGUUCAACAUUCAGGACCUCAAGACCAAUGUGGAGCAUUUGGCUGAAAAGAUGAAGAAGGACAUUCAGAGAGGUCUAGUCUUAAGGAAUGAAUACUGCCAUCAGAACUAUUCGACAGACUUCAUUUACAGGCUUUAUUCAGAGGAGGGGAAGGGUGUCUUUGAUUGCAGAGUCAAUGUGUUGGGACACCUCCAGCAGGGAGGCGCUCCGACUCCCUUUGAUAGAAAUUUUGGUACCAAGUUAGGUGUGAAGGCCACACAGUGGAUUUCGGAGAGCUUGAAGGAAAACUUCAGACAAGGCCGUGUGUUUGCAAACUCACCAGAAACGGCGUGUGUGCUCGGCCUCAACAGGAAAGUUGUCUCGUUCAUCCCUGUCACCGACCUGAAGGCUAUCACAGACUUUGAGCAUCGAAUGCCCACGGUUCAGUGGUGGUCCAAUUUGCGGCCGAUGCUGAAAAUGUUGGCCCGGUACCAGACCAACUUCUGCGAAUACGUCCCUGGAGAGAUCGCACACGUGACCCGACGCUCCCUCAGCAUUGAUGCAGGAUACUAGGCUGUAUCAAACCACAGAGCUGUAUGCUGUUCAACCCUUAUCUCUCCUUCCCCUUUCUGUAACGAUGUCGUAACUCAGGAAUGUGUUGUUUAAGUGUUCUCCCUCCAAACCAUAUCCUGUGGGUUUUGAACUAAAGUAGUCUCUGCUUGCAUGUAAAUCUGCUUCGUUCUGAAACRUAUACCUGCAUCUGAGCUCAUUUAGCUGAAUUCUGGACUCUAGAACUUAUUUAGGAUAUUUUUUUUAAGUUUGCCGACACAAACAGAUGUCAAAGGGUGAAUUCCUUGUUUGAUAUACUGCACCUGUUUUGCCUCUAAAACUGAAAGACCCUGCCUUUGACUGAAGGUAGGGUAUACCUCACGUUAAGCUCUUUUCCAAAUGCAGGGUCUUUGUCAGUGUAACAACUCAGUUAAUCAAGACACAUUAAAGUGUAAUCCAAGUAUUCAUUUAUUAASUGACAGUUUAAAUACAGAGAUGUUUUCUACUAACUCCAAGGUGCUAUCAAACUGCUGCUACAUACAACCAGGUGUGCCACAAACCUAACGUUUUAUAAAAUCUUACAAUACUGCAUACAAAAUAUGAUUUACGUUGUUAUUUUUAAAAUCCUASAUAAAGAAAUGGACCAAUGCUGAGCCAUAAAACAGUCAGGUGCCUUCAUUAAAAGGUUCCMAAUCAUGUUUAACAUAUUACAGUAAAUGUGUGUAUUAGUUCAGUGUUUUGUAUACUGUGACAGUGGGAUUCAAGAAACCAUUUUUUUUUUGUAUUUUUUUAGACUGAAACAAUGCUUCUGCCACUUUUUCAAACCAACAAGUUUAAACAGACAAUUUAUUACCAUGUAAAAAGUUGUAAAUGCCACAGCUGCUGUACUUGAGAGAGAAAUCUAUAAAGGUCUAUGAACUGCUGUUACGUAUUAAGAUGGAUAUUGAUGCUAUAACUUCAAUAAAUGUUAUGACGAUAUUA